AUGCGUAUUGGAACUUAUCCCAAUACGCAUUACACUCAUCCAGGAACUAUAUUCCAAUAUGAAUUAGAAUCCACGGACUUAGCUGGACUGAAAGAUCUGGAUAGCAAUUAUGAAGAGUACUUCGACGAUGAUAAUCUUUAUGACGAUUAUAUACAAAGCAAUUCAAUGACCAGUUAUUUAAUAGAAAAGGUUCAAGAGCUGCACGACUGGAUUAUCUCAGACGCUGACCUUGAAGGAAAACCUACUGAUAAAAGGGACUCCAGUAACUCAACAAACAAUAACGAAUUUGGACAGUUACUACAAGCGUUAAACGAGAGUCUGGUUGAGGGAAAUGUGACUAUAGUGAUGAGCAAACUCAGGAAGCUGUAUUACGGAGAGAAUUUCACAAGCGUGAACCAAAGUAGAAAAGUCAUUUUGAGUAACAGCACGAAUCUGCUCUCAUUUGGUAUUUUAACGCUAGAUGUUAUGCUUCUACAUAACAUACAGCUGAUGGCGUGGGAAAAUCAGGAAUCAAUUCGUAACAAAAUGCUCAAAGAUCCAGAUGUGUUCGCAUUCAACGCACUGUUCAUGGAGCCAUCAAAGGUUGAGGUGAAGAGGAACGAAAUAUAUCACCAAUAUGACAGUUUUUCAAGAAGACAAAACCUUCGCCAAGAGGCAGAGGAAUCUGACUUCGGAAUGAAUCUUCUAGAAAAUGUACUGGAAAUAGGUAUGAGUACUGCACGCGCCGCUAUACACCUCGGGAGAGCUUUCAAGAACACCAAGAUGGUUUUGAACCAGCUGUCAAAUCGAGAAGCGUUAAAUGCCAACAUUCAAAAUCAACUUUCGCGCAACAUUGAUGCCAACACACACGCGCUGAAUCAUCUCCAAACGUCAUUCAAUAAGAAUGACAGUACGAGUUCCAGUGUUGCCAACUCUACGAAUGCAAUUUAUACCGAUUUAGAUUGUGUUUGGUUGUUGUAUUGCAAGAAUUUGGUGGCUACGGCGAAGUUGAACGCACCGUACGGUACAAUGGCUAGGAUUAAUGGGCUUGCGCUGCGUAUGCUGACGGGUGAGGUGCCAGCUGACCGGGCCAUAGAUAUCAUGAUGUACGAAGUAUUAACAGGAUGGACAGAACUGAAAUGUACAGACAUGUUUCCGAGAAGGGAGGCAAAAACGGCAUUCUAUACUACUUCUGAUGGCUAUAUAGCUGGACUGAAAGAUCUGGAUAGCAAUUAUGAAGAGUACUUCGACGAUGAUAAUCUUUAUGACGAUUAUAUACAAAGCAAUUCAAUGACCAGUUAUUUAAUAGAAAAGGUUCAAGAGCUGCACGACUGGAUUAUCUCAGACGCUGACCUUGAAGGAAAACCUACUGAUAAAAGGGACUCCAGUAACUCAACAAACAAUAACGAAUUUGGACAGUUACUACAAGCGUUAAACGAGAGUCUGGUUGAGGGAAAUGUGACUAUAGUGAUGAGCAAACUCAGGAAGCUGUAUUACGGAGAGAAUUUCACAAGCGUGAACCAAAGUAGAAAAGUCAUUUUGAGUAACAGCACGAAUCUGCUCUCAUUUGGUAUUUUAACGCUAGAUGUUAUGCUUCUACAUAACAUACAGCUGAUGGCGUGGGAAAAUCAGGAAUCAAUUCGUAACAAAAUGCUCAAAGAUCCAGAUGUGUUCGCAUUCAACGCACUGUUCAUGGAGCCAUCAAAGGUUGAGGUGAAGAGGAACGAAAUAUAUCACCAAUAUGACAGUUUUUCAAGAAGACAAAACCUUCGCCAAGAGGCAGAGGAAUCUGACUUCGGAAUGAAUCUUCUAGAAAAUGUACUGGAAAUAGGUAUGAGUACUGCACGCGCCGCUAUACACCUCGGGAGAGCUUUCAAGAACACCAAGAUGGUUUUGAACCAGCUGUCAAAUCGAGAAGCGUUAAAUGCCAACAUUCAAAAUCAACUUUCGCGCAACAUUGAUGCCAACACACACGCGCUGAAUCAUCUCCAAACGUCAUUCAAUAAGAAUGACAGUACGAGUUCCAGUGUUGCCAACUCUACGAAUGCAAUUUAUACCGAUUUAGAUUGUGUUUGGUUGUUGUAUUGCAAGAAUUUGGUGGCUACGGCGAAGUUGAACGCACCGUACGGUACAAUGGCUAGGAUUAAUGGGCUUGCGCUGCGUAUGCUGACGGGUGAGGUGCCAGCUGACCGGGCCAUAGAUAUCAUGAUGUACGAAGUAUUAACAGGAUGGACAGAACUGAAAUGUACAGACAUGUUUCCGAGAUGCAGCAAAGCAAAUCCAGCGACAGUGGUACUUGACUCAAUUCUUCAGCCAUUGAGAAAAUCACAAAAUACUUCUAAUAGGUUAUAGUAAAAAUGUUAGAAGGACAAAAACUACUAAAAGUAGCACUGUUCUGUUUUUAGUAGUACAGUGCUACUCAUAGUAAUAUUCAUGAAGUAAUAGGUCAAUUUAAAGAAAAGAUGAAAAGUUU